UGAUUCAAUUACAUAUGCUCAAUGAUACUCAGGCUCUUGAUUACCACUGCGUACACCUCCCAGCCCGCCAACCCCUCAAACUUGUGUCCCUCAUUCUGGCAAUGUAAUGUUGGCAACCUUUUUCCCCCUUCUAAGCACUUGAGGAGUUCCUCCUCUUGUUCACCCGAACGACCCAAAACAUAAACACGUUUUUCCUCUCUCCAGCCCCCCACCGCCAAAUAAAUAAUAGGUUGGGAUGCUCCUCGAUUUUUCCCUCUGCACCCCUGUGGUAUUAAUAUUGGGCAGCAGCAUCCCUGGUGUUAGUCAUGACCAAGUUGCUUUGAAAUGAACAGAACUUGAAUUCAGCGAACUCGACUCAUUGGUUUCAAUGGUGCUUAGUCCUGGCUAACCCAUCUGGGCCUCUGGCCAUACUGGUACAAGAAGAGUGGCCUGGGGAUGACAACAUUGUGUUAUUAAGAUUAAUAAUAUUAAUACAAUUAUUGGGCAGCAUCCAGGCUAUUUGUCAUGACUAAGUCCCAUUGAAACGAGAGUAAUUAUUAGCUUUAGGUUCCAUUUGUUUCAAUGGGACUUAGGCUAGGAACAUAGGAAGCUGCCAUAUACAGAGUCAGACCAUUGGUCUAUCUAGCUCAGUAUUGUCUUCACAGACUGGCAGCGGCUACUCCAAGGUUGCAGGCAGGAAUCUCUCUCAGCCCUAUUGGUUCAAUAAAAAAAUCUUGUCCUAUAAAUAAAUAAAUAAAUCUUGUCCUAUCUAACGUGGUGGAACCUAGAUGCUCUUUCCCAGAGCAGCUCCAUCCCCUGAGGGGAAUAUCUUGCAGUGCUCACACAUCAAGUCUCCCAUUCAUAUGCAACCAGGGCAGAUCCUGCUUAGCUAAGGGGACAAGUCAUGCUUGCUACCACAAGACCAACUCUCCUUUAAUAAGAGACAUUCCCAAGGGGGUGACUGUGACAAUAAUUUAGGUGCAUGACUCCUGGGAGAUUUGCAGUGCAGUUAGUAAAUUACAUGUUAGAUGAUCUUGAGUAUGUCUGUGCCCUUACAUAAAGAAGAAAUAUAGCUUUUAUUCAACUAAACAUGCUUCCCUUAAAUGACUUUUAAAAUUUUUGCUUGCUUAGAUAAUGGAGUAAAUACUUCUUUUUCUAUACAGUAUACAGUUAAAGGCUAGAAAAUGCAAAAUAUAACCACAAUGCAAAAUGGGGGAAAAAAGAAAACACAUUGUGAGAUGAAAACUGAUCUGAAUUUACUACUUGAAUGCCUUAAGUAUCAAAUGGACCAUCCUGUUUCUCAGAAGGAGGCCUUGGUUACUAUUUAUUCUGUUUGUCAACAAAACCGUGAUGCGAGUGAUUAUUUUCGAGAAAUAGGUGGUUUGAUGUUUGUCCAUCACCUUGCAAAAUCAAGUGUGCAAAGCAUAGUAAAGGAAGCUGCCUUAUUUACAUUAGGAGGUUUGGCUGAGAAUAAUGUGUUUUGCCAACAGAUGUUGUGUACUUCUGGAUUAUUUGAAGACCUUCAUAUGUUUUUAAUCAAUAAGGAUUCCAGUGUGAAUUUGAAAAGAAUGUCUGUUUAUGUCAUUUUAGUGCUAGUUUCAAAUAACAAGAGUGGGCAAACUUUUGUGAGAGAAUCUGGUUGCCUUGAUGUUCUUCUACAAUUAUUCAGAACAACUCUAUCAGUAUCUGAGGUUAAUCUUUUGGAUCAAAAUAUUAACCAAUAUCACCUGUGGUCUUCAGUUUGUAGUGCUCUCAGUGCGUGUGUCAACAAUCCCCAGAAUGAAGACAAUCAGAAAACUUGCAGUUUGGUUUUUCCACUUGCAAAAGACUGGCUACAAACUUGUAUGAAGCCUGAGAUAGUUCGUCCAAUUUGUUCAUUAAUUGGGCUCACAGUUGCAAAUAAUUCACAAAUACAAAAGGAUUUUUUUGCUCUUGGUGGAUUAGCUGUAUUGGAUGAGCUUCUUGUCAAAUUGAUAGAUCCAAUGGGGAACUAUUCUGCCACAAAGCUUGCAGUAGUGGUGACAAAGACUUUGGAUGCCUGCAUUUCUGAUAACUCUGAAGUUGGAGUUGGCCUGUCAAGAUACAAUACUGUGGCAAAUCUACUGAUGCUGCUUUCUUACAACAUACUGGAUUCCGGAGAAAAAUUUAGUAUUAUACUUACCCUUGGGCAUUGUACAGAUGGUUGUGAGAUAAAUCAGUAUACUCUGGUUAAGAACAAUGGCCUUCCACUUAUGAUUCAGGCACUAACUGAAUCGCAGGAUGAAGAAUUAAAUAAAGCUGCAAUCUUUGUGCUGCAAAACUGCAAACAACUCACUGAAAAGUUGUCACAGAAACUAAGUGAGCAUUCAUUAAACAUGGAUGAUACAGGACAAUUGGAGGCAGACUUACAGAUCAGAGAGAGGAUCUUUGACAACUACAGGGACAAAGCAAAAAACAUCCUGCAUAGAAUUGAACAACUUGAAAAUCAACAUCAAAAAGAUAUCUUUUGCAGCAACAUUCAAACUGUGGAAUCGAAACAUAGUAAUCAAAAGCAUUAUCGACUUAAAAAUAUAUUACAUUGUCUUCAACGUGUAGGAGAAAAACAGAAAAGGAAUACACCUGAGAUGCUCUGUAAUAGGUCUUGUGAGACAAGUAAAAAUGGAGGUCACAAACUGCACCAGGAUGACAAAAUCGGAAAGCCAUUCUUUAAUGUGACUCCAGAACAAAAUCACAAUAUUUCUAGACAUUUAAAUAAAAAAGUGAGAAGACAGAUAUUUAUUGAUGACGACGACAUUACUCAAGAAGAAAUUAUACAGACUGCCUCAAAACAUGUUAAAGGAAAUGCAAGUGUUCAAAACUCUAAUAAGGUCAUGGCAUAUACAAAAAUGAACCACCCAUUUCUAAACUCUAUAUCUGAUGAACUGAUUGCUGCUAAAUUUGCACAUGGUUCAUCCAAGAAUGUGCAAUUAAAGUCUGUCAAUAGGAACUCUAUUGCUUCAGUCAGUCAGAGUGAACACAAUCACCUUCAUGCCGCUGAUAAAAUGAAAACAGCCAACAUAAACAAAGUCCAUGUUACAAGUGGAAGUAUUAGUAAAUCUGGUACAUCUGGUGUUCGAGCAAGUGAAUUCUUGUUUAAGCAACCAGAUUUUGUAGUUGGAAGCAUACCUCAACGGGUACAAAGUAAAGAGCCACUUAAAUUAUGUUCAAGCAUGACAAACAGAAAGAUAAGCUGUAUUUUGACUCCUAUGGAUCCUAAAAUGCCAGAGUUAAGAUGCUCAGGUUGUAUAACAGGACUUUUCUUAAACAGUCGAAAUUUUAAUCAGAUUUUGCAGUCUUGCAAAUACCUAUGUGAACAACACAAAGUUAUUUUGGAGACUGAAAUGAAAUAUAAAAGGAAGCUAAAAAGACAUGUUAUCUCUGGCAAGGUUUCUUCUGCAGACUAUAAUGGCAAUAUGAACAGAAACAAUACAUUAGAAGAAAGAUUCAGAAUUCAGCCUACACGCACAAAACAUCUUCAGGCAAAUCAGGACACAAAGGAACAAUCAAAUCAGAAGAACUACUUUAAGGACAAGAAUCUAAAUAAAAAGCUUACCUAUUCAUUUGAUGAAGAUGAGAAUACAGAAAGUCAUUUGUCAGAUAUCUCUGAAAUAGCUUCUAAAAGAAGCAAACGAAGAAUCAGGAAAGAUUUUACAUCUGAAGAAAUAAGUUAUCUUUUGGAAGGUGUCAAUAAAAUGGGACAUCAUUGGAAUUCAAUUUUAUGGGCAUACCCAUUUCAGAAGGGACGGACAAACAUUGAUCUCGCAAAGAAAUACAGCAAGUUACAGAAGAAUGAAAAGAACAAAGAUAUAUGACAUCUUUUGAAUUACUUUGUAUUCUGUCCAAGAAAUUGGUUUAUGAUAAAAAGAACAUAAUACAGUGUAUGUUCUUACGGAUGUAUGAUGUUGAUACUCAUUCCGUGGAGAAGGCUUUCUUUUCUUUAUCUGGGAAUUUUUUAAUAGCCUCUUUCAAUCUUCAGCAAAAUUUAAUUUUGAUUGGCAUCUUUACAAUGCAUUGAAAAGUAAGUGUGUGUGUGUGUGUGUGCGCGCGCGCGUGUGUAUAGCACCAAUAUUGCUUUACAAGAAUAUGAAUGAGAGCAUUUGCUUUAAUGUUUAACUUGCUUUGGAUAUAGACUUAAAGAUAAAAUGUGAUUACACAAGUCAAUUAGCAAAUUGUACUAUUACAAAAGCAUAUUAUUAAAUGUCACAAUUCAAUAUAUUUUAAA